UUUCCGACAUGACUUGAACGCGGCUUCCUCAUAUGGAGGAAGUUGGUCCGCACCGUAUUACUUCCGACCGAAACACGGAAAAGUAGUGUGAAUAAAUUAAUUACUGCAGCUGCAGAUGAAACUACUUUAAUAUUUGAUAUUCCAAGGGGAUGAGCUAGUGUCUGCAUUCAUACAGCAGUUCAGCAUUAACGCUGAAUAAAUCACACUAAUACUCCAGUCUUUUGAAGCAGAGCUGUAGUUGUAGUCAUCAUGGGUCUGUUGUCUGACCCGAAUCGCAGAAAAGCCCUGACCAACCUCUUGACCCGCCUCAACACACCCAUAUGUAUGGUGUGCUACCUGGCGGCCAUAGUCUGGUUCAUGGGUCUGGCAUUUGAGCCCUUCACACUGCGCACAUACAUGUCAGAGAAUGCCAUGGGUUCUACCAUGGUGGAAGAACGCUUCUCCGCUGGGGAACGAGCGCUGUCCACUGCCAAGGAGUUUGAUGCUCACAAAAGAAAGGCGGGUGGCAUGCCAGUGGACUGGUUAGUGAAGAUGAUGCAGGCUCGAGGACUGGAGGUGUUCACUCAGAGUUUUUCCCGUAAGCUGCCAUUCCCUGAUGAGAACAAAGAAAGAUAUAUGGUUCGAGGCACAAAUGUGUAUGGGAUCUUGCGAGCUCCUCGAGCUCCUCGGACCGAGGCACUCGUGAUCAGUGCUCCCUGUAGUCCUGGAAACAGCAACAACCAGGCGGUCGGUCUUCUGUUGGGUCUUGCGCAGUAUUUCAGGAACCAGGUUUACUGGGCCAAAGACAUCAUAUUCUUGGUGAACGAGCAUGAUCUGAUCGGCAUGCAGGCCUGGCUGGAAGGCUACCACCACACUAACAUUACAGGAAUGGAGUACUCACCCCUGCAGGGUCGUGCAGGGUCAAUUCAAGCUGCCCUCUCAUUGGAGCUCAGCAGUGAUGUCAUUACCAGCCUGGACUUGAUUUUAGAAGGGCUCAACGGUCAGCUGCCCAACCUGGACCUGGCCAAUCUCUUCUAUGCUUUCUGUCAGAAGUUAGGAGUUUUAUGCACCAUUCAGGGAAAGCUCCAGAGGAAUGACUGGGACACAGCUGAGGGCUACACGCAUGCGGCUCAGACCAUGAUGCUGAUGGUGUUAAAACAAGCUUGCGGACGCUCUUGGGGUGAUCACGGCCUCUUCCUCCGCUAUCACAUUGAAGCCGCUUCUAUUCGGGGCAUCAACAGUUUCAGACACUACAAGAUGGACACCACCACCAUUGGCAGAUUGUUGGAGGGAAUGGUCCGUAAACUGAACAAUCUCCUGGAGCGUCUUCAUCAGUCAUAUUUUUUUUACCUCUUACCUUCUCUCUCUCGGUUUGUCUCCAUUGGCUACUAUAUGCCGGCGUUUGGCCUCCUGGCAGUCAUCUUACUGCUUCGAGCACUGGAUAUCUGGGUUCAUCUGGGAACACCUGCUCUGGCAGCAGUGGAUGGAGUCAGUGAAGCAGAGCAACCAUCGGGUCCAGGUGUGUUGUCAGUGUUGACCCCAGUGGUGAUAAGUCACCUGACAGGUGUGGCACUGUAUCUGCUACCUGUUCAUCUGCAGGAAAUUGCUGUGGAGCACUUCCCUGUGUCUGAAACUGAAGCUGUGGUGCUUACUGCUAUUGCCAUCUAUACCGCAGGCCUAGCCCUGCCGCACAACACACAACGGUUGUUGUCUGGAGAGGGAACAGAGCAGGGCUGGAAAGUGCUGAAACUGACGGCUUUGCUCUAUCUAGCUGCGUUGCUGGGCUGCACAGCCCUCAUUAACUUCUCUCUGGGCUUCAUCUUGGCCGUCACACUGGUGCCCAUCACUGCCAGCAUCACGCCACACAUGCCCAAAGCUCUGAGUGCUCUGGCCAUGGUGCUGCUCAGUCCUGCCUUCACCAUCCUCUACUGUGUCUUCAUCUACCAGGAGCUCAUAGAAGCGCCCGUCAGCAUCAAUGAAGGCUGGAUGCUCUUCCUGUCAGUCAUUUCACAGGGCAUUCUUGAUCAUGCCCUCUACGGAUCGCUCGUCUAUCCACUUUUAGCCCUUUUCGUUUAUCCCUGCUGGCUAAUGUUCUGGAACAUUCUUUUCUGGAAGUAACCAUCUCAAGUAGCUUCUGAUGGAGCUGUUUUUGAGAAUAAUCCCACUUAGUGCCAAUCAUAAAGAUUUAUUCUCCAUCUGUGGGCAUUGUCUGCCAUUAGGGGUUGGUGGAAGGAAGAUCUAGGCCGAUGUCAGGCCCUAAGUAAGUACGAAUAAAGAGGAUUUAAUGGUGUGACUUCAA